AUGACUGCUUCAAAGACAAUGCGAGCAGUAGUGUUCAAAGGCCCACGGGACGUGGUCGUGGAGACCCGUCCGAUCCCGGAAUUAUCCUCCCCUAAAGAUGCGCUUAUUCGCGUACGCGCUGCGGGGGUAUGCGGUACUGAACUUCACUCCUACCGCGGCGAAAUGACCCCGCAGCCGGGAUACAUCAUGGGCCAUGAGUUCACCGGCGAGGUGGUCGAGGUUGGCGCUGCUGUUAAACACUUCAAGGCGGGAGACUUGGUCGUUGCUUCCUUUACCCAGCAGUGUGGCGAAUGUUUCUAUUGCCUCAAAGGCUACUCCUCGAUGUGCGAGGUGACCACCACUUUUGGUGGACCGGCUUUGGACGGGGGGCAGGCCGAGUACGUGCGAGUUCCAUAUGCGGAUACAACCUUGUUCCGCAAGCCCGAUGACGUAGAAGACUCGGUUCUUGUGAUGAUGGCAGACAUCUUUCCAACAGGCUACUAUGGAGUCAAGAACUACAUCGACCGAAUCACCGAUAAGAAGGACUUGGAAACGGAUGUUGUAGUGAGUGUUGGAUGCGGGCCGGUGGGUUUGUGUGCCAUUCUCGCGGCAAAGGCAAUGGGGGUUAAGAACUUGUACGCAAUUGAUACAGUACCACUGCGGUUGACUAUGGCAGCGGAGUACGGUGCGAUCCCGAUUGAUUUGGCUGAUGGGGAUGCAAGCAUUCUCGAGCGUAUUCACGCGCUCACCGAUGGGCGCGGCGCCGAUGCCGUGCUUGAAAUAGUAGGUAGUGAAUCUGCGUUACGCCUUGCGUUUAACUUGGUUCGUCCUCUGGGGUUCAUCUCAUCGAUUGGGUAUCAACAUGGCAAGAUCCCGUUCACUGGAUUGGACUGCUACAUGAAGAACGCACGGAUGCAAUUCGGGCGCUGUCCUGUGAGGACUAUUUUUGCAGAGUCUUUAGAGGUGUUUAGAAAGGUUAGUGCUCAGUUGGAGGGGUUUGUCGACACCUCCAUCGAUUUAGAAGAUGCGGCCAACGGUUUUGCGUUGUUUGACCAGCACAAGGUUAGAAAGGUGGUGUUGAUCCCAAACAUGAAAGAAGCUUGA